AAACAAAACACCACCAUAAUACAAGACGAACAAAUAUGCUAAGCAACCGCUAAACAACUAUAUUGCAAUCCUUGUCCAGGAUGCAUUCAACCCCCCUCGGUGCCCAGUGGUCGCGGAACUCCCUCAGGGUCCCCGUAGACAGGGCGUAUUCCCUUUCUAUCCGCACCCGGGCACGGACGUAUCCCCGGAAAAGGGGCAGGCAGCCGGCUCGGGUAGAGCCCUCCACCAUCUGGCGCCUUGACUCGCGGAUGGCCAGCUUGGCCAGGCCCAGGAGCAACCCAACCAGGAAAUCAUCAGCCCUACCCUCCCCUACGCACAGGGUGUCCAAAGAUGAGUGGGUGAAAAAUGCAACCAGAAGGCAAGGAGCAGCCCCUUUAGAUAUUCAAACAGUGGCUGCAGCCUCACGCACUCCAUGUACACGUGGUAGACAGACUCUUCCAGCCCGCAAAAGUGGCAGGCGGCUGGCGAGUCUGUGAACCGCGAGAGAAACGGGUUGCAGGGAACUCCUCGGUGUAAUACCCUCCACCCCAGGUCCCCAAUGUAGAGGGGGAGAAUAAGGAUGGUAUUGGCGUGUUGGGAGGUGAGUCACUCACUACAGAAUUCCCAGACCAGUUCUUCUGCUCACUGUAUUUAUGAGGUUUGUCCUGCUGUUUCUGGUCAAUGGGCUCCCCAGGAUGGUGAAGGUGGGACUUGUCCAUAGAAAUGCCAUUGAAUGUCAAGUAACACCUGUGGAGUAUUUCUCCCUUAGCGUGACCUGUCCUCUGUCACUCAGAAAUGUGCAUGGAUCGAUCAUUAGGCAACACAGUAGAGGAAAAGUGCAAUGUUUAUUAGUAACUUUUGUUUCAAGAUUAUUACUCCUUUAAUUUCAAACGAAUUGAUUGCUCUGAUUCGCACAUUGUGUUCAUUGUAUUGUGACACUGACUCAACCAACAGGAAGUAAAGCCACAUGCCGUCUUGUUGAAGAUACUACUUUGGUAACAACGGGAGUGCACUGUCUUCAGGACGAAAUGUAACUCUUAUUUUGAAGGAGAUUUCCACCACUGUAAUUUAAUCUGGAAUGAACAUGCUGGUCGUUCUCUGCCCACACAAUCUCUACGGAGCUUCCAGGCUGUUUAUAUAUAAAAGAGCAUUCCAAAAGUGUCUCACCAGCAAUCUGCAGCCUUCAAGAGGUCUUUUUAAAUGAAGUAUUUAUUUCCAUCGUCUGCUAUCUAACACCAGUGGGAAUGUCAGGAACUAGACUCACACAUCACAAAAACAAACUCUAAUUGCAAAGGAUAUUGCUUCUUCACAAAUCUCCAGAUAAUCUUUCGAAAUGCCGGAGCAAAGUAAUGAUUACAGGGUGGUUGUAUUUGGAGCUGCAGGAGUUGGGAAAAGCUCUUUAGUCCUCCGCUUUGUUAGAGGGACUUUUAGAGAAACAUACAUUCCAACAGUUGAAGAUACAUACAGGCAGGUAAUCAGCUGUGACAAAAAUAUCUGUACACUACAAAUCACGGACACUACAGGAAGCCAUCAGUUCCCUGCAAUGCAGAGGUUGUCCAUUUCCAAAGGCCAUGCAUUCAUUCUGGUGUAUGCUGUGACCAGCAGACAGUCCGUGGAAGAACUGCAACCCAUCUAUGAGCAGAUCUGUCAAAUCAAGGGAAACGUCCAGAAUAUCCCCAUCAUGUUAGUAGGGAACAAGACGGAUGAGACUCAGAGAGAAGUGGAGUCAACCGAAGGGGAAGCUCUGGCCACAAAAUGGAUGUGUUCUUUUCUGGAGACCUCGGCCAAACUCAAUUACAAUGUGCAGGAACUGUUCCAAGAGUUGCUUACUUUGGAAAAGAGGAGAGCAGUCAGCCUUCAAGUGGAUGGGAAAAAAUCCAAACAAAAAAAAAGAGACAAACUGAAAGGGAAAUGUUCCCUGAUGUGAAAUAUCAUCUUAUUAAGCCAUGUCCCCUGCAUGGUACACCCAGGCAUGGAUUUAAUAGACUCCUGUACAACAUGGUCUACAUUUGCACAGAAUGUCUCAUUUUCAAAUAACCACAAAUCAAUUGAAAAGUCUUAAAGCAGCUGUACCAUCAAUGAGGCAAAACUAAAUACCAAAUCUCUCCAAUGGAUGGAUUCCCUCAUAAGCUUUGAUUGUUGUUUAGAUAAAAAAUAUGUCUCUUGCAUUUUGAUGUUUAAAUCAUUCUUUCCGAUGGGGAUGGUUAAUCCAACAAAAAUAUAUUAAAAUGUA